UGUAUUUGAAUAAAAAAUUUAAUGAUGAAGCUAACAAUUUGUAUACUUGUUUUGGUAUCCUGCAUUUAUGGACUAUCAGCAAAGAAUGAAAUACAAACUAUAACAAAUGGUUUAGAAAAAGCAAUUAAUAAUUUAAAAAAUGCUGGUAAUCAUUUUUCCAACACUGUAGCACAUAAAUCGCAUGGACUUGUUGGCAAAACUAAAGAUGCAGUUGAAAAGCUUGUACAUCAAUUUGAACAGCACGAAGCAAAUACGUUGAGCCAAAUCAAAAAUUUCAUUAAUUCACCUCAUACGAAAUGUGUAGAGGGGCAAUUAAAACCACUUGUACCUGUAGUUGAAGAAGUUGUUAAAGAAGUUCAAGCUGCAGCAAGCUUAGUUUCCAAAACUUCCCUAGGGGCUGCUAAAUGUAGUGCAGAAGGAACCUUUGCAGGUGCAUUUUGUUUUGCUAAAUUAGCUGCAGAAACUAUUGCAAAAUCUGUACCCAUGAUUAAGAAAGAUAAAGAUACUGUACAACGUCUUAUACCAUUGAUAAACAAAAUUAGGAACUGUAAAUGAGCAUUGUAUACGAUACAGUUGUUGGAAUUUACAAAUCAACAUUUUGAGCAAAUUUCAUAAAAUGACUGCUUUUAAAAUAUUCCAGAUAUAAAUAAAAAA